AUGGCAAAAGAUGCACAACACUGCCGUGGCACAAGCACUUCAACAUUAUCCGAGGCAUUGCAAGAGGUCUUCUUUACCUACACCAAGAUUCUAAACUUCGGAUUGUUCACCGAGAUCUCAAAGCGAGUAAUAUUUUGCUAGACAACAAUCUUGACCCUAAGAUUUCAGAUUUCGGUUUGGCUAGGAUUUUCGGUGAUGAUGAUAGAGAAGAGAAAACAAAAAGAAUUGUUGGAACAUAUGGCUACAUAUCACCAGAGUACGUAAUUGAUGGGAAGUUCUCUGUCAAAUCAGAUGUUUUCAGCUUUGGUGUGGUCAUGUUAGAGACCGUUAGCGGUAAAAAGAAUAGAAGCUUCAAUCACAAAAAUCACCAGCAUAACCUUUUGGGACAUGCAUGGUUGCUGUGGAAUCAAGGCAAAGCCUUGGAUCUAAUGAACGUGUGUUUCAAUGAUUCAUACGUCGAAUCUCAGGUGCUGAGAUGCAUUCAAGUGGGUUUGUUAUGUGUCCAAAAGUUCCCAUACGACAGACCAACAAUGUCGUCCGUGGUUUUCAUGUUGGAAAAUGAGGGAUCUAUCUUGCCUCAACCUAAAGAGCCUG